UUGUCUCUGCUCCGUCUGCUCCAAUUUGCCCCCGUCUCGCUCUCACGCUCGCGUCACCCCCGCCACCAGACCUCGACGACCCGAUCGGCAGAAAUCCCCAAUCCGCUCCUCCAGAGAAACGCUUGAGAAAUGGCCGAAGAGGAUGUCCAGCCUAUCGUGUGUGACAAUGGCACGGGGAUGGUCAAGGCGGGUUUCGCCGGCGACGAUGCGCCGAGGGCCGUCUUCCCGAGCAUCGUGGGCAGGCCGCGCCACACGGGCGUCAUGGUCGGCAUGGGGCAGAAGGACGCGUACGUGGGCGACGAGGCGCAGUCGAAGCGAGGUAUCCUCACCCUCAAGUACCCGAUCGAGCACGGCAUCGUGGGAAACUGGGACGACAUGGAGAAGAUAUGGCACCACACCUUCUACAACGAGCUGCGGGUGGCGCCCGAGGAGCACCCCGUGCUGCUCACGGAGGCGCCCAUGAACCCCAAGGCCAACCGGGAGAAGAUGACCCAGAUCAUGUUCGAGACCUUCAACUGCCCCGCCAUGUACGUCGCCAUCCAGGCCGUGCUCUCCCUCUACGCCAGCGGCCGGACCACCGGCAUCGUCAUGGACUCCGGCGACGGCGUCAGCCACACCGUGCCCAUCUACGAGGGCUUCACCCUCCCGCACGCCAUCAUCCGGCUCGACCUCGCCGGCCGCGACCUCACGGACAGCCUCAUGAAGAUCAUGACGGAGCGGGGCUACUCCUUCACCACCACCGCCGAGCGGGAAAUCGUCAGGGACAUCAAGGAGAAGCUCGCCUACGUCGCCCUCGACUACGAGCAGGAGCUCGAGACCGCCAGGACCAGCUCCUCCGUCGAGAAGAACUACGAGCUGCCCGACGGCCAGGUCAUCACCAUCGGGGCAGAGAGGUUCAGGUGCCCCGAGGUGCUCUUCCAGCCCUCCAUGAUCGGGAUGGAAAUCGCGGGCAUCCAUGAGGCCACCUACAACUCCAUCAUGAAGUGCGACGUGGAUAUCAGGAAGGAUCUGUACGGCAAUAUCGUGCUCAGUGGUGGGUCUACCAUGUUCCCUGGGAUUGCUGACCGUAUGAACAAGGAGAUCACUGCACUCGCGCCCAGCAGCAUGAAGAUCAAGGUCGUCGCUCCGCCGGAGAGGAAGUACAGUGUCUGGAUUGGUGGCUCCAUCCUCGCUUCUCUCAGUACCUUCCAGCAGAUGUGGAUCUCCAAGGCAGAGUACGACGAAUCUGGUCCAUCCAUCGUCCACAUGAAGUGCUUCUGAGUUCAUCACCGAGUAUACCCGUCUCUGAGUUGCUUGAGGUCAGAUUGCAGAUUCUUGAAUGUGUCCCGUGGUCUCCACAAACAUCAAUGUCCUGUCUUAGUCACUCGGUAUCUGCUGGCAGUGUGAAGAAAUUUGUAGGUCUUCAGGGUCGUUAGUCGGUCGGUCCAACAACGGAGUUGAACCGGGGAAGGUUGUCGCGCAUGCAUUUGGAGUCAUUUCAGCUGGUUUCUGUUCUUGCCAGAAGAAAAAAAAGAAAAAGAAAAAAGGAAGUUGGUUUCAGCAAUUCAGCUCGUGCAUGUGCUGAAAACCUGAAACAGAGUGUGCUUUUGUAGCCAGCUCCCCGGCGUGGGUGUUUGAUGCUUGUACCUCUAGUAGGCGCUUUUCUUGUGAAGAUAUUUUGUCAAGACAUUUGCCAUGUUCUCGUGUGUAUUCUAUUUAUACUUAAGCAUUGGAAUUUCAUUGUA